AUGGCAACGGACGAGGAGCUCGAGGCGAAGAAAGUCAACGAGAACGACAAAGCGCCCGAGGGACAAACGCAAGUACCCUCAGAAAAGAAAAAAGUGAAAGACGUGACGGCGAUUUUGGAGAGGAAGAAAGCGCCGAACAGACUCGUCGUCGAUGAAGCGGUGAACGACGAUAACUCAGUCGUCGCGUUAUCCCCGGCGAAAAUGGAAGAGCUGCAGCUCUUCCGCGGGGACACGGUUCUCGUGAAAGGAAAAAAGCGCAAAGACACCGUGUGCAUCGUCCUAGCGGACGACCAGUGCGACGACGGGAAAGUUCGGAUGAACAAAGUGGUGAGGAAAAAUUUACGGGUGAGGUUAGGGGACGUGAUUUCGAUUCAUCAGUGCACGGACGUGAAAUACGGGGCGAGGAUUCACGUGCUGCCGUUUGGGGAUACCAUCGAAGGCGUUUCUGGGAACUUGUUCGACGUGUAUUUGAAGCCGUACUUUUUGGAGGCGUACAGACCGGUGAGGAAAGGGGAUACGUUUUUGGCGAGAGGCGGGAUGAGAGCGGUGGAAUUCAAGGUUGUAGAAACGGAUCCGGCGGAGUAUUGCAUCGUCGCGCCAGACACGGAGAUCUUUUGUGAAGGCGAACCGAUUAACCGCGAAGACGAGGAACGUUUGGAUGAGGUUGGCUACGACGACGUCGGAGGGGUCAGGAAGCAAAUGGCGCAAAUUCGAGAGUUGGUCGAGUUGCCGUUGCGACAUCCGCAGUUGUUCAAAACCAUCGGGGUGAAACCGCCGAAAGGUAUUUUGUUGUACGGUCCUCCGGGUUCUGGAAAAACCUUGAUCGCCAGAGCGGUGGCGAACGAAACCGGCGCGUUUUUCUUUUUAAUCAACGGUCCGGAAAUCAUGUCCAAGUUGGCCGGCGAAUCCGAAUCCAACUUGAGAAAGGCUUUCGAGGAAGCCGAGAAGAACUCGCCGGCAAUUAUUUUCAUCGACGAAGUCGAUUCGAUCGCGCCGAAGAGAGACAAGACGAAUGGGGAAGUGGAGAGAAGAAUCGUAUCGCAAUUGUUGACGCUGAUGGAUGGGUUGAAGGCUCGAUCGCACAUCAUCGUCAUGGCGGCGACGAAUAGACCGAACAGCAUCGACCCGGCGUUGAGACGAUUUGGUAGAUUUGAUCGCGAGAUUGAUAUCGGCGUCCCAGACGAAGUUGGACGCUUGGAAGUGAUGAGAAUACACACGAAGAACAUGAAGUUGGACGAGGAGGUUGAUUUGGAGGUGGUGGCGAAGGACACGCACGGUUUUGUCGGCGCGGAUUUGGCGGCGUUGUGUACCGAAGCCGCGUUGCAAUGCAUUCGCGAAAAGAUGGACGUCAUCGAUUUGGAAGACGAUGAAAUCGACGCGGAGAUUUUGGAUUCGAUGGCCAUCAGCAACGACCACUUCAAAACCGCUUUGGCGCAAACCAACCCGUCCGCGUUGAGAGAAACUGUGGUGGAAGUACCAAACGUCUCGUGGGACGACGUCGGCGGCUUAGAAACGGUCAAGCAAGAGUUGCAAGAAACCGUGCAAUAUCCGGUCGAACACCCGGAAAAAUUUGAGAAGUUCGGCAUGGCACCGAGUAAAGGGGUGUUGUUUUACGGUCCACCGGGUUGCGGUAAGACGUUGUUGGCGAAAGCGAUCGCGAACGAGUGCCAAGCGAAUUUCAUUUCCAUUAAAGGCCCGGAGUUGUUAACGAUGUGGUUCGGCGAAUCGGAAUCCAACGUCAGAGAGGUUUUCGAUAAAGCCAGGCAAAGCGCCCCGUGCGUGCUGUUCUUCGACGAGCUGGAUUCGAUUGCGAACCAACGCGGCUCUUCCGCCGGCGACGCCGGCGGUGCCGCCGAUCGCGUCUUGAACCAGUUGCUUACGGAAAUGGAUGGCAUGAACUCGAAGAAGACGGUAUUUAUCAUCGGCGCGACGAACCGACCGGAUAUCAUCGAUACCGCGUUGAUGCGCCCGGGUCGUUUAGAUCAGUUGAUUUACAUCCCGUUACCGGAUGACAAAUCGAGAAUUUCUAUCUUUAAAGCGAACUUGAGAAAGUCCCCGAUUGCCAACGACGUCGACGUGGAAACUUUGGCCAAGUUUACGCACGGGUACUCUGGUGCCGAUAUCACGGAAAUCUGCCAACGCGCGUGCAAAUACGCCAUCCGCGAAAGCAUCGAGAAAGAUAUCGAACGCGAACGCGCCAUGGCGCAAAAACCAGAAGGUGCCAUGGAAGAAGACGAAGAAAACUACGUCGAUCCGGUGCCAGAAAUCACCAAGGCGCACUUUGAAGAGGCGAUGAAGUACGCUCGCCGCUCGGUUUCAGACGCGGACAUCCGCAAGUACCAAGCGUUCUCGCAAACUUUACAACAAAGCCGAGGCCACGUGGGCGAUUUUAGAUUCCCGAACGAAGGCGGAGCUGCUGCUGGCGGUGGUUCCGGCGCGGCUCCGGCGGCUGGCGGCGCCCAAACGGUUGGCGACGCCUUUGCCGCCGCCGCCGCGCAAGACGACGACGACGAUUUGUACGAUUAA